AUGGAUGCUGCUGCAUUGGCCUCCACUAUGAAUGAAGUUCAGAGGCUCAAGGUCCAGCUGAACAUAGUGUCUGAAUCCGACCAAACCCAAAGUAACCUCGCCGAGUCUAUGGAAAAUCUUCAAUCAGAUGGAAUCAAAGCUGUUGAAGCCUACAACUCUUUCUCACUAGAAUUGGAGCAAUCAAAAGAUCAGAAUUCAUGGAGGGAUGACUUUGAUUUUUAUGGAGGGAAGGGAAGAUACCAGAAAGGUUUAAAUUCCGAUCGUGUUGGUGAUGGAUUUAGGAAUUAUGGAUCGAUGGUUCGUAUGAGAGGAGUAACAGGAAAAAGAGCUUUUGGCAAUGGAACUUGUCAGACUGCCGAGGAUAAAACAGAGAGGAGCUGGAGGAAGCUAAGUUUCAAUAACUCUGGACUAGUGGGGCGGGGUGCUCAACCCGAUAAAAAUCCUACUGGUUUUGUGGAUGCUAAUUGGGCUGGUGACGUGAACGAUAGAUGCUCUACAAGAGGUUUUUGUUUCACAGCAGACUCUGCUGCAAUUUCAUGGUGCAGUAAAAAGCAAAGCACCGUUGCUUUGUCAAGUUGUGAAGCAGAAUAUGUAGCUACUACAAUGGCUACUCAAGAAUUUUUAUGGUUGAUCAGGAGGCUUAUUCAAGAAAUGGUGACUACUCAUUAUCAUUUUGUUCGAGAGAAUGUUAAUGCAGGAUGUUGA